AUGAAUAAUGAAAGAAACGACGAUAGAACACACAAAGAUACCAUGUUGGAAUGGAUGCCAACAAAAGCUCUUGAAAUAGCAUGGUAUUUUUUUUAUUUUGUCAUUCGCCUGACUCCAUAUAUAGCACUACUUUCUAGUACUGUUAUUCUAUAUAAUUUUUUCUGGGGUGGUAUACCUGUGACAGAUGAUAUAAAGUAUAUUUUUGUAGGGAAAAGUAACUUUAUGUACAGGAUAUUUCUAUUGUUAACGAUAGCAAACUUUUUUUCAAGUAUUUUUUGGAUUGGGGUAUUAAGUAUGAUAUUUGGUGGCAUAUUUAGUAUUUUAAGGCCUGAUUCAGAAGAUAAAAAAUCCAGUGUUCUAUUUAAUAUAGCUAAAAUAGCUGUAAUAAUAUUAAUAGGAAUAAUGAUUGGUAAGAAGGUAUAUUAUUCUAAUCUUAUGACACUAUAUGGGAUAGCAACUGCCUAUCGGUGUAUUAGUGUAUUCGUAACUCUUUUAUCUUGGCUUAUAUCUUGUAUAGUAUACAUGGACUUUGCCUCCUCCAUAUUCUGGGACUGUUCUAUUUUGAAUAUAAUAUGUAACUGGCACUAUGUAUACAUUAUAUUUGAUAUUGUAGCCAUGGUUAUAUUAUACAUGGCAUCAGAUGCACUGGUAAAUGCAAGCUCUCCUGAUUACAUGAAGAUAGUAGUAUCAGAAGUAAAUAAAGUUUAA